AUGGCCACCAUCCGCUGUGCGCCCGGGGGGUCAUACACGGCGCAUAUUCUACAGCGCAGGGCGCCUCGAGUGGAUCUGGACUCAGCCCUUAGUUCGACCACGACGUCCGACGAGGCAUCAUCCGAUCUUGUACCCUUCGUAGCUGGCACUACGUCGUUGGACGGUCUCGUGAACGAUCAUACCAACGAACGGCAUUCGCGCCUCGCCAAUCUUGGUUGUAACUCCGACAUAUUCCCCGACGGACUAACUGCGCAGAGCGCAAUACUCUUGCCAUCCAGUCCUCGAGUUCGGACGUCAGUACGCGGUAUCGCUGCGGGUUUCAAGGAGAAGGUUGGACGACAUCUUCGAAGAUUGUCCAAUGAAUUCAGAGGCAGGAGGGGGGAUCUCGCGGCACGUCAAGCUAUCGCAGCCAACCGUGAUCGACUCCGUGAUACGCGAUAUGAGAUCCCACUCGUCAGCCCAGCUCUUGCCGAAGUCUCGUCCACGACACGGUCGAAUCUCUCUAGCCGGGACUCCACAAUCAGUGAUGAUGGCCUUGCUCCGUCUGCAGACCGUGUGAUUGGCGAGCCUGCAAGAGUGGCCGGGGUAACUGUGUUGGAUGACGGCAGAGUCACCUAUCAACCUUUUGCGCCCGCGGGGGAAGGCGGCUUUGCCUCCGUCUUUUACGCGCAUGCCCACCCGUACCUCGCCAAGAAUGAGAGCUUGUACCCGAAGGUGGUCGCGAUCAAGGUCUUCAAUCGUCGGCGGCUCGCGGAUAGGGAAAUCAGUAUACGUCAUGUCGGAGACGAAUGCAAGGCUUUGCAGCAUGCGACGCGUUCGCCUAGCCCGUUCUUGACCCGUCUCAUCUCAACCUUCUACGACGAUCGACAUAUCUAUGCUGUUAUGCACGCGUACGUAGGCACCCUCGCCGACAGGCUUUGCGAUACCAACCGACGGAUGCCGGCGCAUGAAAUCAAGCAGCUAGCGUCGGAGUUGAUCGUAGGAGUGCAGGCUGUUCACGGGAUGAGUUACAUCCAUCGAGACUUGAAGGCGGAGAAUGUCUUCCUCUCUCCAGCAGGACAUCUCGUUAUUGGCGAUUUCACGACCGUCAUCAAUCCCGCUCGCCGCAAGCGUCCCGGGUCAAAAGAUUGGCUUUCAGAACGCAUACGUGCAGAAAGCCAACCUGUGGGAACUCCCCUUCGUUACGCCCCCGAGCAACUGAGCGCCGAGUUCUACACGUCCAAAGUCGAUCUCUGGGCUAUUGGGCUGAUGAUGUUCGAGCUGUUUCGCGGCAACUGCACCGACGUCGUCUUCUGUCCAUCAGAACGCGACGAGCAUCCUGGCUCCGUUGAAAUCCUCACCAAGAAUCUACGGCCAGAGAUCGAUCUAUACGUUGACGAAGUGCAGGCGCGACGCCUCGUUCGUCGUCUGCUAUCUAGGGAUCCUGAGACGCGUCCGUCGAUCCGCCAAAUGAUGAGGGACUCGUACUUUAUCCCGUCUGGACGUGAGCAGGAUGUGGAGGAGUACUGGGGGAAGAUCGAGCGUGGCGAUAAUCCCGCAUUCUAUCCCCCACCCAAAAUCGUCGCCCCCAAAACAAGCAAGCUGGACCUCUUCUUCAGGACGCCGGAGCGUGAGCCGCCUCAAGCCCCCGAGGUUGGAUUCGAUCCCACAUAUCCUGCAUAUCACUACGAAUGUGACGAGUCGCUUCUGAUCCUGGAUGAGAACGUGUACGGGAGACUUGCAGUGGUGGAAGUCUGA